AAUUUAGAUACUAGUACAGGUAUGAAAGAAAUUACGUGGCCUCAAACUGAUCGUUAUUCUCGUCCGCAAGGAAAGAUGUAUCCUAGCGACAAUGAGAAGCAGCAUAGAAGAUUUAAACCUUUAGAUGAAAAUCGGUCUGCGUAUAGUGAUGGCAAUAAAUCUUAUAGAGAAAACACUGAAAAAGGAUUCAAACAGAUUACAUGGCCCGAAGAUCAUGAAAACUAUGAACCAGAAAGAGAUGUUGCAACAAAGAUAAAUAAACAAGAAAUACCUAUAGAAUCUCAAGAUUCGCAGUCGAGGCGUGACGAAUCGACACCAACGAAACCUUUUAUUGCGAAUCGCUCAUUCAUACCGGUACACGAAAGCAGAAGGAAACGUGAUGCCAAAAGAAAUAAAACAGUUGAUCCUAGUACAAUUGCAAAAGCUAUCGUGUGGCCAAAGAAAGGUGGCUAUAACGAGGUAGAUUCCGGCCACGAGAUUAAUCUGCAAACGCACGAUCUACAGGGCCAAAGAAGUGAGCUACCCGGAACCGUUAGGCCGUUGGAAACGACGCCGUUCUCAGCUGAGAAGAGAGGCGAAGCUUUGCCCAUGAAAUCGUCGCUAACGCAAAGCGGUUUGGACAACGCGAAGAGCGGACUACAUCCAAAAUUCGAGGAUAAAACUAGAUUGUACGAAAUACCCAAGACAAACCGUAGAUUACUUGACGGUUUAGCCGCGACAAAGAAUUCUAACAAAUCGAAGCAACGACGCACCGCAGAUCAUGCCCAGUUGAAUGCGCAACUUGCGAGGCCAGGCAGGUCUCGAAGUUUGAUGGAUAUGAAGUCAUCCUACGAUAUGCAGAGCAGGAAUAUAUCUGAGAAGAGGAAUCGGGAUAAAUUAGUGGAACCCAAGAGCUCGUUGAAUGUAAGAGGCAGCGAUACGUCGAGGAGCAGUUAUAAUAACGAUAAUGUUUUGAUGAGGCCCUCCAGAUCACGAGAUGUUAUGAAUGGAAAGUCGCAAAGAAGAAUGUACUAUUUGAAUUCCUAUGGUGAAUUGAUGAGGAUGCCGAGAUACCAAAGCUCGUACAGAUACGGUCCGCACAAUAGCAGAUUGAUGGGAUCCAGUAGUUUGAUGCGUAUGGGAUACAUACCUUCCUGGUUCUUGAAUCGACAAAGAUCAUUCGAUAUGCCUCCCUAUUACAGUCCCAGGCGUAACGAGACACGCGGAUUUUCCGAUUUCGUCAACUCUUGCGUAAACCCUCAAGAUGACGACGUUGAAGAUGAUAUGAUGAGAAGGAGUAGAUCCGGAAGUUUAUUCGAUUUGAAUAGACCGUACAACGAUAUGUACUACAGAAAUUCGUACGGUCGUUUGAUCAGACCGUUGGGAUAUAACCGGAUGUACGAUCCAAUGCGGGGCAGGUUUUAUAAGAAUAGAAUGAUGGGAUGGAACAAAACUGUAGACGCGUAUGGAAGACCCGUAAAUUCACUUUAUCAAAGAAGUUCGUUAAUGGAACCAAGCUAUUUCGACAGAUAUGGUAGAAGGAUCCACCAAUUCGACAGUGAUGUAUCUUGUAUGGUUCCGCGUGAUCCGUUCAGUCGUUUUCCUCGAAGGACGAGGAGCAUGAUAGAUUUACGCAGAAGACCUUCAUUCCGCAGAAAUUCAUUUGAAUUUGAAAACAAUCCUUAUCGCCGUUUUGACAUGAACGCUUUGGACAGGAGAUAUAGCAAUCAAUCAAAUAUAAGUCCUUACGACGAUCUCGAACGCGAGAUCAUUCGGCCGAGCAGAUCACGUAGUAUGAUCGAUCUGAACAGAAGAUCUUCCAAUAAUAUGCGGCGGAAUUCUCGAGGAGAAUUGAUAAACUCUCCUAGAUAUGGUUUAAGCAAUGAUCCGUAUUCAAGAUCUGGCAGAAGUGGACGGUCGUACAAUAACAGACCGAUGGAUCGUAAUAACUUUAUUGAUGUUUACAAAAAGCCAUCGAACGUGUUGAACCGCAGAUAUGACUACAAUGUAGAUGUCAUGAGCCCAAAAAGUUCGAAAAGCUUAAUGGAUUUGGAUGGGAGGUCUUCUCGCAAAAUGCAAUAUGAAAAUUCGUCUGAUAAAAAUCGAAAAGUUCCGAAAUAUAACAAUAAAAAAGGAACGAAAUAUAAUAGCAAUGCGAGAUCCUCUAAGAGUUUGUUGAAUCUGAGAGAUAGUUCACAUAAAUAUACGGGUAGAACUAAUAAACAAAACACUGCUGAACAGGUUAUCGGUGCCCCUAAGAAACAGAAUUUAUUGCAAAAUGCUCCAAAGUAUAAUAAAGGUGAAAAUAUCAAAAUGCAAGGAUAUAGGAUGCCUGAGAAGACCUCGCACGUAUUAUCACGAGAGAAAUCAACAGCGAAAUCCAGAUAUGUGAGUAGUUUUGAGAGUGAAAUGCCAUAUAGAAAUGAUACCUUAGAUCAAGGUAGAUUUCGUUGGGAUUCAAGCGAGGAAUACGAUGCGCUGAAUAUGAGAAAAUCUCCUCAUAAUUCGGAAGAAAAACAUUUGGUAAGUGGAUUUAUUGAAACAGUUAAACAUUGGAUACCAUUGGGAAGCCAAGCACCUGAAACAACUGCAAGAAAGGGAAUGCUAAGGAAAGACGAGCAUGAUUCAUUUGGGUCAAUGGGGCAAGGAACAUCACGAAAUCAGUUUCCUGUGAUAUCUUCGAAAGCAGAAAAUGAUUCACAUGAUAAGGACAAGAAAAUCAAGAAGAUCACAUACGAUUUACCCCCUGAUGAUUCUGUGAUUGAAAUAAUCGGUGCUCCUAGGAAAGCGAGACGUUCGAGCAGCAAGUCGCUAGAGAGUAAAAGUAUCAUUUUAGCUAGGGAUAGAAAUAAAUCGUUUGAAAAUAAGUCUGAAACGCGACUGUACAUCAAGAUGAUCAAGAAAAAGAUGAAGAAGGCAAUGCUUGCUAAGUUGCAAUCGGAGAUAGCAGAAAAGGGUGCGCAGAUGGCACACGACCUGAAAGAGACUGGUAAGUUGCUAGCGGAAGUGUGCGGAGUGGAAAAGGUGCCAUCGAUUAGUGGCAUCUCAGAUAUCGUAGACGACGUUCGUGAGUCCUGUUUCUCCUGCAAGAAGAUGAUGAUCAAGCGGUUAAAAUCUGGAAAUCUUCGUGAGGAAGACAUAAAUAGAGAGCUGAGUUUUAUGAAGAGGAAGCUUAAAAAAACAAUCACUAAGAAGGUGAAGGAAGUAAUAGAGGAUAAGGCGGCUUCGUUAGCCAAAGAGAGUAAGCGCAGUAGCUCUGACUACAGGAUUUCCAACGAGAGUUUCCCAGCUAUGUCCGACGAUGGAAUCGUUGAAUCUGUUGUUCCAAAAGUGAACGUGCAACCUCUGCAGGCGAAACUAUCGGAUUACAAAGAUCGUCCGAAGGAGGUAAACUGUUGCAAGAUUAGUAGGACCAAUUCCAAUUUCAAAUUGGAUAUCGAUCUGGAGGAUUUCGUUGAUCAGGUGAAGAAUGUGAUGAUCGAAAAAGCCGAGGAGACGCUCGAAGAGAAGCGGCUGAGCCUCAUCGAGUCGCUGGGAUUAGACGAUAAUGAUCUGCUGAAUAUCGGAAAGGAUGAGCUGCAGAAAUUGUUGAGAAGAGCCGGAGGCAUGGAUUCGAUGAUCCCUUUGACCGGAAGCGAUCAUUCAGCCUGUAGCCAGCAGCUAUCCGAUACUAAAUUGAUGCAAGACAUUGUUAUGGAUACAGGGAACAGAAAAAUCUGGGAUACUAUGCACAGAGAGAGACAGACGCUGGUGGACGACCUUCACGAAAAGGAUAAGCAGCUGAUGGAUAUGCACGAUCUGGUUUCGAUGACGAUGCGCCGACUCGUAGUUGUCUUUGACGGUUUCCACCAGAUCCACGAUUACACCGAAGCCAUCAGGAAGGAAAUUUGCGCCUCCAGCAGCGACUGCAUCAAAAAACAGACGAAAGAAUGUUUCGAGCGCGAAAAGUUGAUGGAGCUAGAGGAGGAAAAUUCCGAACUGAAAGAGGUCAUCGGGAAGUCCACCGACAAUCUUGCGGCCCUCGAGGGUAAAACCGAAGAACUGAUCAGCGAGAAUUGUCAACUGCAAGAAUGCCAAUUGGAAUACGUGCAGAAAAUUGAGAUUUUAGAGGCUGAAAAGAUGGAACUGAUGAAUAACUGUUGCCAAAUGCAGGACAAGCUGGAGAGGUUAAGUCACACAGAAGAAAUUUCCAUAGAAUCCGAGAAUAUGAUUCAAACGCUACGUUUUGAGUUGGAUGAUGUGCGUAAGAAGAACGAGGAUUGCCUUUGCACCAUUGAGUGUUUAUCUGGAGAGAAACAAGAGCAGUGUUGUAAAAUUGAAUCGUUGGAGAAAUGUGUAAAGGAUUUGUCCAAGAAGAUAGAGACUAAGGACACGGGCGUCCAAUGGUCGCGACCAUCCAGUCCGAAGGGACGAUUCGGCAGACGUCGAAGCCCCGCCCGCAGCCGCUCCUACGACGACGAGCACGAGGAACGCGAAGAGAGCGUGUUCACCUUUGAUCUUUCCUGCACCGGCAAUAGAGAUAAGAAACCGAGCAAGAGGACGAGAUCCAAGGGACGACACAGAAGCCGCAGUAAAGAUGACGACCACGAUGAUGUUGAUUAUGACUCUUUGCUCGAAAAGAGUCGCUACAAAACACACCAUAACAUACACGACAAUAGACGUUACAAUGAUAGCGAUACUGCAAACUCUGAAGAACGUAGUCACCAUGCCAAUCAAUCGAACUUCCACCGUAACUACAAAGUUUCGAAGAGAGAUGGUAACCGAGACAACAGUCGUUAUUACAGUAGUAACCAUGGAAGUAGUCGCGAAGAAUCAGAUCUUGAAGAUGACGACGACAAGAUGCUGAUAGUCAGGAGGAAACCAUCGAAUACGUCGUUAUUCGAUGACGAUGACUUUUCAGAAAUAACGAAAAGCCACAGGGAGCCACUGUACGCGACGAAACCCGAUUUAGACAAAAGGAUCUCGUUCAGCGACAGCGCCGAUCAACAAACAGAUCAAACUUUGGGCGAUUUGAAAGUUGUAAAGCUAACGGCGAUAUCGACGAAUGCGCAACCCUGGUGUCAGCUACAGGGCACCGUUCACGAAAUCAAAGACAGCGUCAGCAGGAUUAUUGUGAAGGAGAAUGAAGUUAAAUUGGCGCAUCAACGUAUCGCCGAGUUGGAAGAGCAAGUACAAUGGAUCAGUAAAAAGGAUGAGAUCAUAGACAUCCAAAACGAUACACUAAAUAUUGUUGAAAAUGAAUUGCAGGCCUAUCGGACCAUGGAGUGCGAGGUGGAGGCGGCGCGUGGAUGUCGCGAACGCGAAGUAUGCAACUUGAAGCAGACCAUUCAGACCCUGCUGCUCAAUCUCAACGAUGAGAAACAACGCUCCGAAAACCUGCAAAGAGCAGUUGACUUAUAUCUAAAUUCAAUCAGUGUUCUGGAAUCGUCCGAAAGCAACUUGAAACGCGAGAUAUCGGAGCAAAAAGUGACUAUAGGUAAUUUACAAGACGCGCUGGUUUCCGUCAAACAGGGACUGGAUGAGCAGCGGACCAGAACGGAUCAGGAAUUUGAGUGUUUCGAAAUGCUGGUCGAGAGGCUUCGGGACGAGAACUUACUUCUCGAAGAGGGUUUAUUUUAUAACAGCCAGGAUAUCGACAUCAAUGAAUCACGCGUGCUGAAGUAUCAGCAGCUCUUUAAAGAGUUGACGAAUGAGUGUACGCACUUGAAACAAGAACUCAUGCAGCUCGAAGUGCAGAAGGUCGACCAGGAAGCUUUCGUGGAGGAACUCAACACGCAACUGAUGGACUGCAAGAACGAACUGAGAAACUUAUAUUUGAUUUUGACGAGGGAGCAGGAGCUGAUGGAGGAUGAAAGCAGUAAAUUGGCGAAAGAAAUAGUUAGAAUGCAGGAAGAGAUAUUCACGUUGUCUGAUCAAUUGGCUUUCACGACGCGAAAUUUGGAGAAUGAGAAGAAGACAGUUUCUAGUUUGGAGGUGGCCGUUGCGAAGAAGGAAUGCGAGAUGGUGUGUUUCAAGAAGGAAAUACAGAUAUUAGAGGAAAAACUGGAGAGUUCAAGUGGCGAGAUAUCCGGACUGAAGCAACGGUUGCUCGAGGUGCAAAAUAUUAGGAAGGAGGAAAUCAAGAGAGUGCAGGAACUAGAGGCAAAGUAUUUUACGAAAAAUCAAGAAUUCGAUAUGGUCUCAGCCGAUUAUACGACUUCGAUGAAUACUUUGAAGAACGUGCAGAUGGAGUUGCGCGGUUCCGAGGAGAGACACUGCAACGAAAUUGGGAAAUAUAAUUUGAUGGUGACGGGAUUGAAGGAACAGCUGAUUGCAUCCGAUACAAAGGCCAAAUGUUUUGAGAGAGAAUUGGAAUUAGCACGCGAUAAAAUUGCGGAAACCACGGAGGACGAGAUGAAACUUAUACAAGAGAAAACGCUCAGAGAAACGGCUCAUAACGAAGAUAUGAGGGAGUAUCAACGAGAGCAGAAUAGAUUGAUCGAUGUGGUGACGACGUUGGAGCAGCGACUGGCAGUUAUUAACUGUGAACUGUCUCAGAAGGAUAAGGAACUGGACGAGCUCAAAGGCAACUUUGUGGCAGUAUCGAGUGAGUCACAGUUGCAUCAAGAAGAAAUUUGCGGUUUGAAAAAUGAAAUCAACUCGUUGAUACAACAGCAGUCAUUGAUGAAAUGCGAGAAUGAUAGACUUCAAACGCAAGUAGGAAAGUUGAAAAUGGUCAUUGGGAAGAAUGAUGAGAAGAAUGAAAUCAUGAUGCGUGAAUUGGAGCAAUGUCUUGCCGAGCUGCAGGUGAUUCAAAGGGACAAGGAGUUCCUGAUGGAGAAAAACACUGCAUUAGCGCAAGAAAUUCGCUCUUUGCAAAACGCCUGUCAAUUGAAGACAGAAUCCGUGGUUACACUUGAGAUGGAAUUAAGUGACACUAAAUCUAUUAAAGAAACUCUUUGCACCGAAAGCAAGCACAUCAUCGACAACGUGAAGAGCUGGUUACACGAACAGCAGAAACUCAACGUCGAGCUCAACGAUAAGAUCAAGUCUAAGAACACAAUUAUAUCCAAGCUCAACGAGAAGAUUGCCUCCAUGGAAACGAAGAAUAGAGGCCAGAGGGCAGAGUCACCGUACCGCGUGGCCACACCUCCCAGAGGAUGGAGUCUAGGCUCUUGCGAGAGCCCGCCAUGCAGUUGGAGCAGCGAAGCAGAAUGGGAAACUGUGGACAACGAAACCGCUCCUCAGGUAUGGCUGCAUCGAGUGGAAAGUUUAACUGAAGAGUUACAAAGGAACAACAGGUUUUGGAAGAACCGCAUGACCGAGCACGACUACGUCGUCUCUCGCGACAACUGAAGACUGUUUUUUAUAUAAUAUUUACUUUUAGUAAGACUUGCUUUUAUUUGCAAUUUUAUGC